UUCUCUGACACGGGCAGCAGAAAAGAACAUGUUAAAAUCACAAGUGAGUCCAAACCAGGGUUCCUGGAGAGGCUCAGCGAGACUUCUGGAGGCAUGUUGAUGGGACUUGUGACUUUUCUUCUGUCUUUCUACCUUCUUUUUACCAAUGAAGGACGAGCUGUAAGGACAGCGAAAUCCCUUGAUGAAGGGCUUUCUCUUGUGGUCCCUCUUGAUAGCAUCCACAGUGUGUCUCAGCAGAAUGAAGGAAGACUGGUGCACUUAGCUGGCUCUCUGAGUACAUCUAAGCCUUUGUUUGAUCCCAGCUAUGGGCUCUCCAUCCAGGCUGUCAAACUUAAGCGUAACGUGGAAAUGUACCAAUGGGUUGAAUAUGAAGAUUCCAAGGAAUAUGAAGAGAAUGGUGAGAUUAAGAAAGAGACAAAGUAUUCAUACAAUACUGAGUGGAAAUCGGAAGUUGUGAACAGCAGAAACUUUGAUCGAGAAAUUGGACACAAGAACCCAAGUGCCAUGGCUGUGGAGUCUUUCACUGCUGUUUCUCCUAACGUCCAGAUUGGCAGCUUUGUUCUUUCCAAGGGUCUUGUGGAUAAAAUUGACAACUUCAAGCAGCUGAGCCUGUCGCACCUCGAGGAUCCACACGCUGAUGUCACCCGAGGAGGAGAUUACUUUUACCACAGCGAGAACCCCAGGCGCCCAGAGGUAGGAGACCUUCGUGUCUCAUUCUUCUAUGCAGGUCUGAGUGGAGAUGACCCCCAUCUGGGCUCUGCUGAUAAGGUGACUGUGAUUGCUCGUCAGCGAGGCGACCAGCUGGUUCCCUAUCAUACCAAGUCUGGAGAUGUCCUGCAGAUUCUGUACCUUGGGGAUCUCUCUGUGGAGGAAGUGUUUCAGAAAGAGCAUGAGAGUAACACCAUGAAGACCUGGGCCCUCCGUGCAGCAGGCUGGCUGGCAAUGUUUGUAGGCAUCAGCCUAAUGACCAGAAUCUUUUACACUUUAGUGGAUUGGUUUCCUGUUGUGAGGGAUCUGGUUAACGUUGGACUAAAGGCGUUUGCCUUCUGCGUGGCCACUUCGCUGUCGCUGCUGACCGUCUCCGUGGGCUGGCUCUUCUACCGCCCGCUCUGGGCCUUGCUGGUCGGGCUGCUCUCCGUCCUCCCCAUCCUGGUCGCCAAGUCCCGCGUCCCCCCGAAGAAGCAGCAGUGA